AAAAAAAACGAUACACGCACUGUUUGAUAAUUUUAAUGUUUUCUUGGAACAUAUGAAGCAUAUAGUCUAAAACACAAACUUGUACGUUCAUAAUCUGUUCAACAUUUGCAUAUAGCUAAAAGAAAUAGAAAAAAAUGUCUUUCAAUACAAUUAAUUUAAUUGUCAUCAUGCUUAUUAUUUCAAAUCUACAAGUUUUCAUAAGAUCUAUCCCAGCAGGUUUAAAAUGUCCAGAACUCCAUGUUAAAAAUGGAAAUUAUAAAUUAAAUGAAAAUGGAGCUUCUGCAAUACUAAAAUGCGAUAAAAAUUACUUCCUAUUUGGUCGAGAAGAAAUAUAUUGCAUUAAUGGAACUUGGACGAAAAAGCUUCCAUUCUGUACGCAUAAUGAUUGUAUUGAUGAACAUCUAGAUACAAUUCUGAAAGGUACAGGAUACACUACUGUGUAUGUUACACAAGAUAAAGUUACUAUUAUUCAUGAGUGCAAUUCGAAGUUUACACUUAAGGGAAAUCAAAAUGUUACAUGUAUUGAUGGAAAAUUUUUUGGAGAACAUCCUACUUGUGUACCAAAACAAAAUAAAAAAAUGCAUUAACAUCAAUAAUUAUCUCAAUUAAAUAAAUGUAAAUUUUUAUGAAAAAAAAAAUGUUAUUUUCAAUCAUUAAUAAUGUAUUUUUUCUCAAAAUAAACUAAUGACCUGUUGGAUUUGUUUCAAUAAAGAGAAAAUAAAAAUUAAAAAAAAUA